CCCUUGUCCUCUUUACGCGUCUUCCCAUCCAAACCCGUCUUCCCACAUGCACCACCACCCUACCGAGCCCACAAACCGCGACGCGCCAUGUCCCAGCCUUCACAGUCAUCACCGCCUCCACAGCGCACUCUAAUCUCCCUCAAAACCGCGUUACUCAAGGCGUCCGGUACAUUCGUCGAUGUCGUGGGCGUGGUGGUCGACUUCCUGCCACCGACGACGACGCGGAAUGCAGACUACAUGAUGACCUUCACCGUGCGGGACCAAUCUCUACCUAGCGACUCUCUCGGCGUCAAGGCGCGCCUAUUCUGCAGCAGCGAAUCGCAGCUGCCCGCCAUCACCUCCCCGGGCGACAUACUGCUGCUCCACAACAUGAAGACGUCCAUGUUCCGCGGCGAAGCCCUUCUCGUCAACGACAAGGCCACGUUCGCGUGCGUGCUGGCACGCCGCCCCCCUUCCGCAAAUAUUGGGCUGCCGCCGAUACACUACCCUCCGUCGGCGAAGUUCCCCAUCGCGCCGGAGCACGGUAAGGUGAUGGCGAGGCUCCGUACCUGGUGGUCGAAGGAGGGUCCGAGCGACGGUGCUGCGGUCGGCAGCGAGCAGGUGACGCAGGUCGUGGCUGCGUCGGUGUAUAAGCCCCGGGACAGGUUCAAGCUCGUCAAAGAUAUGAUGGCGCCGCGAGCGCUGCGGAACGGACGGCCGAUCGGGAAUUACUUUGACAUGGUCGGCAAGGUGGUCAAGACGUUCAACGGCAGCUAUGCGUUCGAGCUGUACAUCACCGACUACACGGAGAACGAGUAUCUGUACAACUACGAGCGCGACCCGGACGACGACGGGCAGCGGCUCGCAAAGUGGAGGGGCCCGUGGGGGAGGUAUACGCUGCAGAUCUCGCUGUGGGAUAUCAACAAGAACAUGGCGCCGGAUCUGAUACGGGAGGGCGGGUAUUUGUUCGUCAGGAACUUAUGUCUCAAGUUCGACGUCCCGAUGAAACGCUUCGAGGCCUCGUUGAACCAGGAUAUGCAGUACCCGGACCGACCGGAUUUCGUGGUCAUCACUAAUAUGGAUGAUCCACGGGUCCGGGCAAUCCAGCAGAGGGAAAAGGAGUAUCUGCGGCGCCAUGAUAUCGAAGAGGAGCGGCGGGCGGAAAGCACGCAGCGAGAAGCGGCGGAAAAACGCAAGGUGGAGGAAGAGGCCACACAGAAGGAACUAGAGCGACUGAAGGAACAUCAGCGGGCGAAAGGGGAUAACGAAAACGUGCAGAUCGUGAGAUCUGAGUGGCCAGUUACGCUGAUCGGCGACAUUUUGGAGAUGGACCUAGGCGACCGCUUCUACAUGAACCUGAAAUACCACAUCGUGUGCAAGGUUAUCGAGUUCAAGCCAGACAACCUAGCGGACUUCACCAAAUUCGAGGUUCCGGAGGGGUUUUCGAAGAAACGGUGGAGGUGGCGGUUCGCGUUGCUGGUGGAGGGGAGAGACGGCAACGUCAUGAGACUCAUCGUCAUGGACGAAGAUGCCGAGUACCUCUUGAAAAUGGAGCCAACCAAUCUGCGGACGUAUCCCGAAAAGCUGGAUGAGCUUCGCGAGAGGCUGACAUAUCUCUGGGGCAAUCUCGAGAAAAGACAGGCCGGCGAGCUGAUAGAGCCUGCGCCGGCAGUGCCGCCUGCCGCCCCCACACCGGAUAUCGAGGAGGAGGAGGAGCAGCAGCAGAACAGAAAGAAGAGGAAGAGGAGCAAAAAGAAGAAGAAGGCGGCGGCCAUUGUCGAGUCGAACAAGAGGACAAAGACGGAGCACGACAGCGCGGAACCGCAGAUGCCGCAGCUGCGUCCGGAAGACGAGGAAGCAAAGUUCUUUGACGCCUGCGCCAAGGAAUACGGACACGAGGCGGCAGAUGGCACGAAGCACAGGAUGUGGAGGAUCUUUGAGACUGCUAUCAGGACUGAAAGGGACAGUGAGUGAGUGAUGAGGCUGUUCGUCUCAGUCGUUUUGGUGUUGGCGUUUGCUUUAUCCCCCGGGGGCGUUCGUUCAUCAUGGGUUUUACAUAGCUCGUGUAGAGUUUGUCUGGCGUCUCCUUCGUAUGCAGAUAUCUUGUGAUUGAGUCUUCAGAGG